AUGGCGGCACCCUCGGCGCUGACGCUAUGGGCGAGUCGCGACGUGACGUCCAUCGUGCUGUCGUCUGGCUGCGACUCCAUCGACGCGCUGCUCGACGGCGGCUUUCGCUCGGGUUUGCUGACUGAAGUCUGCGGCGAAGCUGGUGCUGGGAAGACGCAGGUGGGUCUCCAGUUGUUACUUCAGUGCCGUCUGCCGCGCUCCCUCGGGGGGCUGCAAGGCACAGCGUGUUACAUCUGCACGGAAGGCGUCAUGUCCAUCAAACGACUGCACGAGCUGGCGCACGUCUAUGCACGGCGACAUGUCAAAGCGGCUGUUUUCGGUGGAACGGGGAAACGGAAACGCCGUGAAGUAACGCCUACGGUCGCACCCAGCGACUUCCUGGACGGGAUCUUCGUCGAGCAACUUUACACCGUCACCGACCUUUUGCGUCUUCUGCAGACGAGACUACCAGCGCUGCUGGCAGAACACAACACCAAGCUCGUUGUACUGGACUCGGUCGCUGCCGUCUUUCGUCUCGAGUCCACGUCGUCUGUCAAGGACGCCGCCGAACGCGCCCGCACGAUGUUCUAUAUGGCCAAUUGUAUGCGCAUCCUCAGCGACCAGUAUGGCGUCGUGUUCGUGCUGACGAACCAAGUUACGGGCGACUUUGACGCUCGCUCGACGACACAUGGGAACGGUCUGCGUCCCGCGCUCGGGCUCUCGUGGUCGCACUGCAUCAAUCAGCGUCUGAUGAUUACUAGGAAUACAGACACGACGGAACGACAGCUCGAGGUGGUUUUCUCGCCGCACUUAGCGGCAACAACCUGCGUCUUCCACGUCACGACUGACGGCGUCCGACCUGGGAACGAAGACUGA